CGCUGUGCUCUGGUCCCAGCCCAGAUACCUGCCCGCAUACCCAGUGUUGGCUGAGACCUCACCGGCUGCCUGACCAUGGCUACCACAUUUCUGCAAACUUCUUCCUCCACCUUUGGGGGAGGCUCUACCCGAGGGGGCUCCCUCCGGGCUGGGGGAGGUGGCUUUGGUGGGGGUAGUCUUUAUGGGGGAGGUGGCUUUGGUGGGGGGAGUCUUUAUGGGGGAGGUGGGAGUCGCAGCAUCUCGGCUUCUUCUGCUAGGUUUGUCUCUUCGGGGUCAGGAGGGGGCUAUGGGGGCGGCAUGAGCUGCGGCUUUGGUGGAGCAGCCGGUGCUGGUUUUGGUGGCGGCUUCGGAGGGGGGUUUGGCGGUGGCUUUGGUGACUUUGGUGGUGGCGACGGCGGCCUCCUCUCUGUCAACGAGAAGGUGACCAUGCAGAACCUCAAUGACCGCCUGGCCUCCUACCUGGACAAGGUGCGCGCCCUGGAGGAGGCCAACGGCGAGCUGGAGGUGAAGAUCCGGGACUGGUACCAGAAGCAGAGCCCGAGCAGCCCGGAGCGCGACUACAGCCAAUACUACAAGACCAUUGAGGAGCUCCGGGACAAGAUCCUGGCCGCCACCAUCGACAACUCCCGGGUCAUCCUGGAGAUCGACAACGCCAGGCUGGCUGCCGACGACUUCAGGCUCAAGUAUGAGAACGAGGUUGCCCUGCGCCAGAGCGUGGAGGCCGACAUCAACGGGCUGCGCAGGGUGCUGGACGAGUUGACCCUGGCCAGGACCGACCUGGAGGCGCAGAUCGAGGGCCUGACUGAAGAGCUGGCCUACAUGAAGAAGAACCACGAGGAGGAGAUGAAGGAGUUCAGCAACCAGCUGGCCGGCCAGGUCAAUGUGGAGAUGGAUGCGGCGCCGGGUGUGGACCUGAGCCGCAUGCUGGCCGAGAUGAGGGAGCAGUACGAGGCCAUGGCGGAGAAGAACCGGCGGGACGCCGAGGCCUGGUUCUUCAGCAAGACCGAGGAGCUGAAUAAGGAGGUGGCCUCCAACACAGAGCUGCUUCAGAGCAGCAAGACGGAGAUCACAGACCUGAGACGCACCAUGCAGGGGCUGGAGAUCGAGCUGCAGUCCCAGCUCAGCAUGAAAGCCGGGCUGGAGAACUCGCUGGCGGAGGUGGAGUGCCGAUACGCCACGCAGCUGCAGCAGAUCCAGGGGCUCGUGGGCAGCCUGGAGGCCCAGCUGGGCGAGCUGCGCUGCGAGAUGGAGCAGCAGAACCAGGAGUACAACAGGCUGCUGGACAUCAAGUCGCGGCUGGAGCAGGAGAUCGCCACCUACCGCAGCCUGCUCGAGGGCCAGGACGCCAAGAUGGCUAACGUUGGCAUCCGGGAAGUCUCCCUGGGCAGUGGCGGCGGUGGCGGCGGUUUCCGAGUCCACAUAGAGGAAUCCGUGGAUGGGAAGGUGGUCUCCCGCAAGAGAGAAGCCUGAGUGCCAGACACAGGGAAGGCUCCCACACCACUGCGCCCUCCCUGGCUGCGAGGGGUCCAGUCCCACCCCCUGAGAGUGACCGACCGGCCCGAGAGGUCUCCCUGCUUGCGGCUUUGCAUGCCCGCCCCGCCCAGUCCUCCCCACCCCCUUGAGAGCAAGCACAAGCCAGAAGCAGCUGUCUUGCGCAACAAGCUGGCUUGUACCGUGUCUGUUCCCACAAUAAAGAAUUGCUUUUCCUUUCCCAGA